GGCGUUAUUCUAUACAUAUACUAUCAUAUGUUACUGUGAACAAGGUUCAGUAUAGUUCAUGAAUUUUGAGUAAGGUGUUGUUUCUACGUGUUUCUUCUGUUUAUCUUUGAUCAUAAAAUAUUCAAAUUUAUUAGAAUAAAUGACGUUACGCGUUGAAUAUUAUAUCGUGAAACGCGCGAAUGUUUUGAAAAUUGUACACGUAGGCAACAGGUGUCUAAUGCCGCACAUGUUUCUCUUUGACUGUAGCGAUCAUUUCUCAUUUUAAAAUUGGAGGAUUAUAGCGUAGUCAUAUACAAGCUAUAUUUUUUGGAUUUUUAGUCAUGCUAAAAACAGUUCAUAGAAGUUUAUAUCAAAGUGGCCAUUUUAAUAAAGUUUUACGAUAGAAGUGUGCAUAAUUAGUUAUUAAUACAUCAAAAUGGAAUACGAUUAUCUUAUUAAAUUUUUGGCUCUUGGAAACUCUGGAGUCGGCAAGACUAGUUUUUUAUAUCAAUAUACUGAUGGCACGUUCGAAUCUCGUUUUAUAUCCACCGUUGGUAUUGACUUUAAAGAAAAACGCGUGAUAUACCAGACGGCAAAUGGUAGAACUCAACGUGUGCAUUUGCAAUUGUGGGAUACAGCUGGCCAAGAGCGGUUCAGAAGUCUAACUACAGCCUUUUACCGGGAUUCUAUGGGUUUCCUUCUAAUUUUUGAUCUGACCAAUGAGUUGUCCUUUCUUGAAGUAAGAAAUUGGCUGGAGCAGCUUAGGACUCAUGCAUAUUGCGAAGAUCCAGACAUAAUUCUCUGUGGAAACAAGUGCGAUCUCGAAGAUAAACGAGUUGUUAGUGAACAUAAGGCACGGGAAUUAGCAGAAAAACAUGGCUUGGUCUAUCUAGAAACAAGUGCAGCCACGGGUCAGAACGUAGCACGUGCCGUAGAGUUACUUCUGGACCGGGUAAUGCGCAGAAUGGAGACGACUGUGGAUAAAUCACUGCUACCUCACCAGAAAGUGUUACGAUGCAACGAGCGUGACACACCGCCUCCAAGUACUUCCUGCUACUGCUGACACUGUUCUUACGCAUAGCGUAACUGAAUAAUUUGCUUCGUAAAAUUUAUUUUAUUCAACUAACAUUGUGGACUGACUGACUUGUACUUGAAUCUCUUAUCUUCAAAUAUUUCAAAAUAUUUGCAUUUUAUAUUAUUUGCAUAUGCGUAUGCAUGAUAAAAUAUCGAAGAUGUGCAAAAUUUCGAAACACUAAUAAUGAUUUUAAAAAUUGUAUAUCUUUAUACAUGUUGUUUCCCGCAUUCACGCGCAUACUGUUGUCUUCCAUUAAUAGUUUCCUACUAGUACAAAAUUAUGUCUGUAUUACAAAUCGUUGAACGUAUCUUCUUCCCGAUAACGUGAUCUAUCUGUUACUCUCGUACGCACAACGUGUUCAAUAUAUCUUGUUUGUUUUCUCUGUUUAUUCGCCAAAAAUUGUGAUAUGAUAACGUUGCGAUUUAUGUAAGGUGAAACAAUCAAUUUUCGAUAUAUAUAUAUAUAUGUAUAUGUAUUUUUGAUGCUGUUAUUGUGCCCAUACCAAAGUUGUACAUCUAGUCUUUAAGAAAUUAUGCUGAGAAUACAAUCAAAGUGUCGUCUGAUGCACUGUUUGUACUAUCGUCGAAUGCUGAUGAAUGUCUCUGUUCUUAUCAAGUUUUUAAACAAAAUGUAUUUUAUGAAGAUUAAAUGUUUGUUCUUAUAUAGUUAUUAAGAGGAAAUAUUAAAAAAUGUUAAUCAUUGUUUAUGCAAAUCGAGAAAUUUACAUGUUGUUUCUUUCAAUUUUUAUGUCUAUGAAUCACGAUUGAUCAAGAAGUAUUUAAAUAUAUAAAUAUUUAUUGAAUAUCUAUAUAAAAAUAUAAAGUGGGAUGAUGAUUUUCUGAUUUUUUUGAAUUAUAUGAAUCAUCGUAAAAGAAAUGACGACAAGAUUAAAAUAUUAUAGGAUUAUCAUAAGAAAAUUGAUCUUUUGAAACUUUAACAAUGCGUUUUUAGGAAAAGAUAUAUUUAUAAUAUUUCUCUUAAUGUAACAGAUUGUUUAAGAUAGAGAUAUUGUAAGUUGUUGCUCUAUCCUAUGUGUUGUAUCACAUCGAUAUAAUAAAAGAAGAUAGCACGAAUUACAUCUCUCUGUUUCAAAAAAAUUCUGUUAUUCAUUUUCGAUUUGCUACAAAUCUUGAUAGCAACGGAAAAUGAAAAUGCACGAUGAUGAAUUAUUCUAAUAAAUUUUUGAUCUAACUUUUUCUCGCGUACGAAGAGAAUUUUGAAUCUCGAAUUUUGACGUAUUUAUUCGAUUUCGAGUGAAUUCGUGUGGAUCUUGAUGUGUUCAAAUUCUGAUUAGAUAUUUACUAAGCCGUGUUGUUACGAUGAAAAUGUAAAUUUGCAUGUUGGAGUUUGCGAUUGUGUGUUUUCGACAUCGUUUACUGUAAAAUUCUCUCGUUUUUAAACAAGUCUGUUAAACAAUUCAAAUCUAACCAGGCAACGCAAAGAGCGUGCUAUAUCGUGUAUACGUAUUUAUCUAUCUUAUAUACUUCAUAAAAAUUCUCUCUUGAGAAAAUAGAAAAUAGAAUCUGAACGGAAAUUUCCAAGAAUAUUCUCGCAGGGUAAAUAAGCCAUCUGUAAUUCUGCUUAAACGAGUUUCUCUCCGUUUAUCUGCAAAUCCUCAACUGGUAAGACCAUAAAGUAGCGCACUUAUGGAUAAUCCGAAGCUAAAAGCAACUGCCUCGCCAAAAACUCGAACAACAGUUUAAACUCGAAGAACACGAAGUUCCAAGCAGAUUUCCGAUACAAUCAAUCAAAGGUGACGACGCUCUGAGACCGUAAUGUAGGUCGUUCUUCGAACUUUAUCUUACCAGUUGAAAGGUAUGAGAAACCGUGUGAAACUUCUUUGCAGCGAAGUUGAAAACAGGA